AUGUACAUCUUUCCUCAGGAGCGAGGCUCUAGUGUCACCUUCACACCUUACCUGCGUCAGGAGCGAGGCUCUAGUGUCACCUUCACACCUUACCUGCGUCAGGAGCGAGGCUCCAGUGUCAACUUCACACCUUACCUGCGUCAGGAGCGAGGCUCUAGUGUCACCUUCACACCUUACCUGCGUCAGGAGCGAGGCUCCAGUGUCACCUUCACACCUUACCUGUGUCAGGAGCGAGGCUCUAGUGUCACCUUCACACCUUACCUGCGUCAGGAGCGAGGCUCCAGUGUCAACUUCACACCUUACCUGCGUCAGGAGCGAGGCUCCAGUGUCACCUUCACACCUUACCUGCGUCAGGAGCGAGGCUCUAGUGUGUCACCUUCACACCUUACCUGCGAGCGAGGCUCUAGUGUCACCUUCACACCUUACCUGCGUCAGGAGCGAGGCUCUAGUGUCACCUUCACACCUUACCUGCGUCAGGAGCGAGGCUCUAGUGUCACCUUCACACCUUACCUGCGUCAGGAGCGAGGCUCUAGUGUCACCUUCACACCUUACCUGCGUCAGGAGCGAGGCUCUAGUGUCACCUUCACACCUUACCUGUGUCAGGAGCGAGGCUCUAGUGUCACCUUCACACCUUACCUGCGUCAGGAGCGAGGCUCUAGUGUCACCUUCACACCUUACCUGCGUCAGGAGCGAAGCUCUAGUGUCACCUUCACACCUUACCUGCGUCAGGAGCGAGGCUCCAGUGUCACCUUCACACCUUACCUGUGUCAGGAGCGAGGCUCCAGUGUCACCUUCACACCUUACCUGUGUCAGGAGCAAGGCUCUAGUGUCACCUUCACACCUUACCUGUGUCAGGAGCAAGAAAAAUGUAAUUAG